CCCCUUUUCUGAGGUUUCCUGCCCAGAGCGAUUGCAACUAAGCGGCUCUUGUUCUUCGGGCAGAUACCGCUUCUGUCCCAAGGGUCCCAGUGACUGCCCCCCUUGGGGACACUGGAUCAGGUCCUUCCCCAUCCCAAGUGAAUAUUGCGAGCAUCCACCACCUUCAGAGACUGGACAGCUAUGGACCUACUAGGAUCUCCAGUUUUCCAUGUUCUCCUGGGUUUGGCUUGGGCACAGCUGGGAACUGCCCAGUCGCUUAAAGAUUGUGGCAACUGCUAUCAUCUCAGUACGGGAGCCAUUUUCGGUGUGGUCCUGGGCGACCUGAUCUUGACUUUGCUGAUAGCCUUGGCUGUGUACUACGUUGCCAGCUGCAUCUAUCAACGUAAAUUGGCCAGCAAGGAACUAAAGAAGACUGAGCAUGAGUCCCCCUAUGAGGAACUCCAAGGGCCCAGACUGGAUGUUUACAGUGCUAUAAGGGGUUCUGAAACUACUUACAAAUAGUCAUCCUGUCUAGAUGUGGAAUUUUAAAUGUACAGAGUACAAAAAUAAUUAAUGGGAGAUGUUUUAAAAAGUAGUCCUGAAAAUGUAUCCUGUAUUAUUUAAGUGAAGUUUGAACAUCAAUUUAUUAAAAGUCACUGCAAAAUAAUUGGCCAGCUCGGGCCAAGUCUGGAAGUGAGGUCACUGUUCAAUAACUACCUUGUAAAAAAUAUUUCACACCUGACAGUUGAACAUGUUUACAAAUAAUAAAAACCCAAACGAACACGAAUUGAAAUGGUAUUCAAAUAAAUGAUUUGUCAUAUGUAAAACAUUGCAAUCUGUUAACAUGACCAGUAAGUGGCAUUUGCAGAUCCAGUAACUUGUUCUACCUUAUUUCACUAGACGCAGUAAGUUAGACCCAAUGAAACCUGCUGGUUUAGCAAGUGUGAUUUAAAAUAAUAAUGCUUAUCGCCACAAUGACAGCUUGCUAGACUCUUAUUUACAGGACUAGUAUUUUACAGGAGUUGUGAAAGCAAUAGAAAUUUUCAUUAUAAAUGUUCUAACUCUAGAACAAGCCCCUGUAAGCUGCUUCACCAACAAAAGUCAGUUGUUUACAUUUGAAGAGAAAUGUUAACAACUGAGAGGAAUAUCAAUAUAAAUAUAGAGAGGCAGCAGAUGCAAACAACAAUGCAACACAACAUGCAGUGCCACACUGGAUGCCAACAAUAUUAAUACCAGGGAGCGUCAGGCAUCGUAUAGCAAAAGCAAUGGAAGCAAACAAGGACAACAUGGAUUUUCCUCCAUAGAUUCAAAUUGGUUUGGCUGGGGGGAGCACUUUGAAUAAUUACCUGUGUGUUAUUGUAAUAUGCUGAAAGGCUAAAGAUUACUUAAAACUAUAUAUUUUUUACUUUUUAAUCUGUUUUAGACAUGCAUUCUCUUUUUUUAAAUGUGUCUUUUUAAGCUAUAAGCUCUUGUAUUUUUCAAAUUUAAUUAAAACAUUCUUUUUAGUAUUAUAUUGUA